AUGGCCUAUCGACCUGAUCAAUAUGUUUCGACUUGUUGGACAUCUAGUUUAAUUUAUUUAGAUUUAUCUGAAAAUCAAUUGGACUAUUUACCCAAAUGGUUAUUUGUUAACAAAUAUGACUAUGAUACAGGCAUGGUAUCAUUCUCUUCUAAAAGAAAAGUUAAAAAUUAUACUACUAACAACGAUGAUAAUAGUAGUUUGAAACAACAAGAUACAUAUGUUCUUCCUAAGAACACUGACGUCAUCGAUUCGCAUCAUCUUCGUCGUUGUUAUUCAGAGCCUGUCAUCAUGCAUACCGCCGGUUCUUCAUUACAUCCUAAAACGAUGAUGAUGAUGAUGAUGACGGUGAAUGAUUCAUUUGCACCGAAUCUGUUACAUUUACUAUUGUCGAAAAAUCAAUUACGUGUAUUACCUGCAGAAAUAUGGACCGGUUCAUUAUGGUGUAAAUUAGAAUUUCUUGAUUUAAGUUGGAAUAAAAUCAGUUGCUUACCAGCGCCAAAUUUAUUAAAAUUACAAUUUGAUCAUUCACAACAAAUGUAUAGGGAUUCAUUGUACAAGAAAAAAACACAAAGCUUACAAACAACGCAUGAAAUUCACAAUGCUACUCAAUUCGGGAAUAAUGCUGAAAGAUUUUCAAUGGAUUUUAAUUCAGAAACUAUUUUAUACUUUCCAACUAAUCAACUGUUAACAUGCAUAACAAAUCUUAAACAACCUGUAGAAAAGAAUAGUUCUACUACUAAUACUACUACUAACAAUAAUAUUAGUAGUAAUGAUGAAUAUAAUGACAAAUUAUUUGAAAAGAGGAAACCUGUUGAGUUUUUUGAUCAAUAUGAAUAUCAUACAAGUCAUUUGACACAUCUUUGGUUACAUCAUAAUUGUUUGAAAUCAUUGCAUUUGGUGAAUCCCACAAAUCCUUCAAUGCGCAAACAGUCAACUCCAUCUGGAUUGUUAGAAAAAAGCAUAAAUCUAGCCAAAAUUUGUCCAAACCUCAUCUAUUUAGAUGUUAGUUAUAAUGCAUUGGAAAAUUUCAGUGAUUUAUUCUUAUGCCCAAAAUUGAUUAAUUAUAUUGAUUUAAGUUAUAAUCAAAUGAAAUUAAUCACCAGUCGAUAUCAUUAUCAUCGAUCUUAUCAUGAACACAGUGACGAAGGGGAUGACGGUGGUGACGAAGGUGAUGAAGUGCAAUUAUCUUCAUCAUCACCGAUGACGAUAUCGUGUCCAUGUGAAAUUUCAUCGAUGAAUAAAUGUCGUUGUGAUAAGAAUACAUUUAGGUGA